AAGGACCGAAAUAAGAUGGGCCCCUGUAAGAAGGCAAAAGCACAGAUUGGGCAGGGAAUAGUUCCCCACGUUCCUGCUGGAGGCCUGGCUGGGCUCAGGCUGGGGACAGGCUGGGGACAGGCAGGGCAGGAGGAGCGAGCGCGCAUCCCCCAUCCCUCCCGACCCCCCUCCGGCGGCGCGGGGCCGGCAUUCCCUGCCAUUGGCGGCGGGCAGGGAGAGAGCCGGGACGGAUCCUCCCCUUCCUCUCCCUCCCAAGCAUUUUUGAGAGGGUUUUCCCAAGUUUCCAGAAGUUUCUCCCCGGCCCCUUAUAUACCCCCUCCGCAGGACCGGGAGGUGCACAGGGAGCCGAGCAAAGCCGUGUCCCGACCCCGCAGCAGGUCCUGGGAGGUGUUGGGUGCUGCUGAAGCCAUGUGGAUUAUCAUGGGGCUGGCCCUCCUGGGCCUCGCUGCGGCCGUGCCCUCGGAGGACAGGAAGCUGAGCGACAAGGCCACCACGCUGGCCGAGCGCAGCACCACACUGGCCUUCAACCUCUACCACGCCAUGGCCAAAGACAAGGACAUGGAGAACAUCCUGCUGUCCCCCGUGGUCGUGGCCUCAUCCCUGGGGCUCGUGUCCCUCGGGGGCAAGGCCACGACGGCCUCGCAGGCCAAGGCGGUGCUGAGCGCGGACAAGCUGAACGAUGACUACGUGCACAGCGGGCUGUCCGAGCUCCUCAGCGAGGUCAGCAACAGCACGGCCCGCAACGUCACCUGGAAGAUCGGCAACCGCCUCUACGGCCCCGCCUCCAUCACCUUCGCCGAGGACUUUGUGAAGAACAGCAAGAAGCACUACAACUAUGAGCACUCCAAGAUCAACUUCCGAGACAAGAGGAGCGCCCUCAAGUCCAUCAACGAGUGGGCAGCGCAGACCACGGAUGGGAAACUCCCGGAGGUCACCAAAGAUGUGGAGAAAACUGAUGGGGCCCUCAUCGUCAAUGCCAUGUUCUUCAAGCCUCACUGGGAUGAGAAGUUCCAUCAUAAGAUGGUGGACAACCGUGGCUUCAUGGUGACCCGUUCCUACACCGUGGGUGUGCCCAUGAUGCACCGCACAGGUCUCUACAAUUACUACGAUGAUGAGGCAGAGAAGCUCCAGGUGGUAGAGAUGCCACUGGCCCACAAGCUCUCCAGCAUGAUCUUCAUCAUGCCAAACCACGUGGAACCUCUGGAGAGAGUGGAGAAACUGCUGAACAAGGAGCAGCUCAAGACAUGGACUGGCAAGAUGAAGAAGAGAUCAGUAGCCAUCUCGCUGCCAAAAGUCGUCCUGGAAGUCAGCCACGACCUUCAGAAACACUUAGGUGGUCUGGGCCUGACAGAAGCCAUUGACAAAACCAAGGCUGACUUGUCCAAGAUCUCCGGCAAGAAAGACCUUUACCUGUCCAAUGUGUUCCAUGCCGCGGCUCUGGAAUGGGACACGGAAGGGAACCCCUAUGAUGCCGACAUCUAUGGCCGAGAGGAGAUGAGGAACCCCAAACUCUUCUAUGCUGACCACCCCUUCAUCUUCAUGAUCAAGGACACUAAAACCAAUUCUAUCCUCUUCAUCGGCAGGCUCGUGAGGCCCAAAGGUGACAAGAUGCGUGAUGAGUUGUAGUUGGGUUUGUUUUGGUUGGGUUGUUUUUUCCCAGAGCUUUGGUUUGUGUGUGUUUUUAGGGGGGCAUUUUGACAAAUGGGAAACACUAUUUUGUAUCCUUCUCGAACCAUGGGUGCUAUUCAGACCAGGGUGCAUUGUGAGGAGAAACCAGCAUACACUUUACCUCACCCCAAAAUCCAGAUUGCACAAACCCACCUCCAGAGAGGAGCAGGGGAGCCUGGCACCAGAGGGUCACCAGGAGUCAGCUGAGGUGGCCACCUUGAAGCCGAGUUCCUCCCUGCACUGGUUAAGCCUCCUGCUCAGUUCCUUGCUGCUCCACCAGCCCUGCCAAGGCACCACUCUCCCAUCCCAAACGCUUCCAUCCCACUGCACGCUUAGCGCUGCCGCUUUUCUCCUGCUUGGGUGCCCUUUGACACUGCUCUAGAGCUGUUCCCUGCUUCUCUCUUCUCUCUCCAGAGGUAUGUAACAGAGCUCCAAGGGCCAGUUGUGCACUCCAGCCCCUGCAGGGCCCUGGAGCAGAGCAGGAGGCAGCACAGGAGAAUGGAGAUUGUAUGGCAUUGUGCUCUUCUGUCUUGCCUAACCCUGUGCUCUGCGCUCGAUGCUUUGACCACAAGAGCUCCUUAGGGAGAGCAUCAAAGUCAACAGCACCUUGGGUCAACACUUGAUGGAGAACUAAGGAAGCUUUGGGAUGUCAGGGAGAGCCCAAAGCACAGCUUGGGUUUCUAGAAAGAAUAACCUGAGAUUCCUUCAACACUCCACCCCUUGGGAUCACUGAGGGGCCAUCACCUGUAAUUAAACAGGCAGUUGUACCAGGCAGAGAACUCAUUCUCUUGGAAGUGCUCUGCAUCAGCCUGUAGGGCUGGGAAAGACUCCAUUCCCACUGCCAGGGUUCUCCCACACCUGGUUCCCUGUGGAGCUGACCCAAGGCACUCCUAACUGGCUUCUCACAGGGAGGUGGGAUCAGGUUCACCUCCACUUUCUUGCUUAUUUAAACACAAAGCUUUAAAGCUGCCAUUACCUGACUUCCUAAUUAUGCUCUGCUGAAGCUCCAUGGUACUUCAGCUCCCUGUCUGCUGACCUGGAUAAGGGGACCCUGAAAAGCAAAGGUAUUUAUAGUUAUAUUUAUGUCUGAUAAUUAGCAGGUUUCACAGCCUGAUCCAGGCUAUUCUUAACUUCACUUCAAGGGAUAUCAUCAGGUCAGUACUAUUUAAAAGAGCUGAUGUUAUCUCCCAGGAGCACUACAGCAUUUGCCACGCACUGAGAGACAUCACAAGGCAAACACUGAGAUUACAGAAAUGAGGAAAAUCCAUGCAUCCCAAUGGAAUUGCCAGUUCUCUGAAACCAGCAUGGAGCACCUAAAUGGCUUGGCUUUAUCUCCCUGCCAAUUUUCCCUGCUGCCAUAGAAGCCCAGUACUGCAUAGUCCCAGGUGCUGGGAGGUGGGAGGCAAUGCCAGGAAUGUCCCCAAACAUGGGACACUUCUCGGUGAUGCAGUGCACUGAACCCACACGCAGAACGUUCUGGAGGCUGGGGUGGAAGGGGUGGACAAGGCAAGAACACACUGUGGGAUAUUGUGAAUAAUUUGCAUCAUGUGGAUGCAGGUGUCUGAUGGCUUUUAUUGUUUGUUCUUGUACCACACAGUGACAGUUGUGUAAUUUUGCAAUAAAACUUUUUUCAAUGAA